AUGCAGAGGUAUUUACGUUGGGUAUGUGGACAACGCCUUCUUAAUGAAGCCCAUAUCAUUCCAGACGAAUCACCACGGCUUCAGAUUGACCUAGUGUUGGUAACUCUAGUUGAGGGAGUCAUAGCUCAAGGGAAAAAUGAACCGUCAUUUCAAGUAGAAUACAGCCUCGACAACGUUACCUGGGUCUAUGUUAGCCACAAGGGAGCACCUGCAGGAGAACCUCAGACAUUCCAUGGUUACACGAAUCCAACCGCACCGGUAAAGAACCCUUUUGAAGAGCCGAUCCGAGCACGCUUCAUCCGUGUGACUCAAACAGACGUCGGAUAUCCAGCUGUGAGCAUUGAACUCAUUGGAUGCAGAAAUGAUAUUCUUGAGACUGCCAACAGUCAAGCCUUCAUCAUUCACCAUCACACAGAUAAUAACCAAGACGAAACAAACUGCCCAAGUCUGAACAGUGAAGGAGGAUGGUGGUUUAAUAGAUGCUCUGGUAUACCUGGUGUAGAUAAUAACCUUAAUGCUGAAUAUAUCCAACCUGAAGAUACUAUGGGUCCAUACAAACGAGUCAUUAGAGCUACUGAAUGGAAUGGGUCUCGUAUUGCAAAGACUGAAAUCAAAAUACGCCGCAAAUCUCCUCCUCGUGGCUAA